AUGAUGAUUCGACCGCGUUCGCAAAGGAGCGGAAACGUAGAGAUGGCUUCUCAUUGUCGCGCCAACUCCACCGUCGGCUUAAGCUCCCAAUCAGCUGCCGCAGCUGUCGCCGCUUCGAUUCCCUCUCGAAGCGCCCUCGCCUCCAGAAGACCGCUCCGCGCACCGCCGACGCUGGCCCUCGGCGCGCUUCACUCCCUCGCUCUCAACUUCUUCGCUCUCCUCUGCCUCGCGCUGCUCGCCGUCUCCCCUCUCGCCUCCGCUCGUUCCUUCGACAAUGCGCCGCCAGCCGCUGUCCCCCCUCCACCGCCUCCUUCCCCUCCUUCUGGCAGCUGCGACGCGACUACACAUGCCUGUGGAAGCUGCAGCCCCACCUCCGCCGCCACCCAAUGGGGGCCACGACUUCACGUUCCUGUGGAAGCACGUUUCCAAUCACCUCUCUUCACCUCUCUGUACCUCUCUAUUCCUUUCUCCUCUGUCAUCCGUUUCCCUCCCCCAGCUGCGGUCCCCCCUCCGCCCCCACCCUCCCCCCCCUCGGGCGGCUACGACUACACGUGUCUGUGGAAGGACGUCUCGAAGACCAACUGCAGCGACAAGAGCGUCGGGCCGUGGGGCAUCCUCACCUUCAUCGUGCUCCUCGUAGCCGCUGGACUCAUCAUCUGCACGCCCUUCUUCAUCCUCUACCGGCAAACUCAGCGCGGGUCCCAGAAGCUGCGCAUCUGCUGCUGCGGGCGGAAGUAUCCGGAAUAUGCGGAGGUGGAGGCGCGGGCUGCUGCGAAUUCAACGGACAUGCCGCGUCCGCCUGAAGUGUCAAAGUUCAGAAGCAUGAGCACAAGCUCAAGCACGGAUAAGACAUGA